UGCUCGAACUGUGGCACUACUUCCACCCCCCUCUGGCGACGCUCACCUGUCGGAGAGACGAUCUGCAACGCCUGUGGUCUCUACCUCAAGGCUCGCAAUACAACCCGUCCUCCCUGGCUAAAACGCAACUCAACCGCCAACCCACCCACAACAAAACGCAUCCUCGCAUCACCUCCUCAGUGUGCAAACUGCAACACAACAAACACACCACUCUGGAGACGCGACGCUCAGGGCAGCACGAUCUGUAAUGCCUGUGGUCUUUACUACAAGCUCCACAAUGUUCACCGUCCCAUCACAAUGAAGCGCACAACAAUCAAACGUAGAAAGAGA